GCACCACCCAUUCUUUCUUGGCCGAGAGAAGUGUUUUGGGAUUUUAGAGUCUUUUGCACUUCUACCAAAGUCCACAUUCCAACUCAGUUAUUCUUUUUUGAACACCAUGAGUUGUGCAUUAGUAAGCCUACUUCUUUGGGGGCUGCUGCACCAGACCACAAUGGCUGUCCUAAUGGAUAAACUAGCAGAGCGCAAGAUCUGUGGAGAUGCAGAAUGUUCAUAUGUUCUUUCCGUGGCCACGGCUUUGGACGACUUCAUAGCUCCCGAUUGCAGAUUCAUCAACAUUAAAAAGGGUCAGAUGGUUUAUGUGUAUUCUAAACUCAUACCAGCAGAUGGCACUGGAGUAUUCUGGUCUGGAAGUGUGUACAGUGAGCGGUAUGUGGACCAGAUGGGCAGAACAGGAUAUUUUCCUGCAACUGUGGUGAAGGAAACCCAGAAGUUUACAGACAAAACAAUCCGGAUGCGGACCACUGAUAUGGACUUCUAUUGUGAUUAGGGGAAACCAGAAUGAUGAUUGAGGUUUUCUUUAACUAUCCUAUCUUUAAUAACAAGUGCAUAGUGUCUCUGUCAAUAUAAGAUGGUUGAAAGGAUUCGGAUGUACUGCAUUUACUUAGAAUACGUUAGUCUCUUCUCUCUUCACUGCUCUUGUACCUGCACUUGUACCUUUUUCAAAAUAAUACAAUUUUUCAUGUCAGUCCCAGUGAAAAAGAUUAAAGGAACAGAUCAUUUUCAUGGGAA